AUGUACCCUAGGCACUGGUUCCAAUUUGCGGAUGACACAGCAAUAUUAAGUGCACAUGAAGAGGACAAUCAAUUGCUUUGUAAUGUAUUUAAUAAAUGGUCAACGUGGGCGGAUUUGCAUAUUCGUGUUGAGAAAUGCCAUACUUUUGGAAUCAAGAAGCAAUCCUCAAAAGCAAUUCAAUACCAACCAGUUAUUAUCAUCUCGGGCAAGCGUGUACCGCCGAUUGAAUGCGAACAGGGGUUUAACUAUCUUGGAAAGCAAUUUAACUUUAAUAUGGAAUGCGAGCAGAUCAAA